AUGUUGUUUGAAACGUUGAGUCCGCUCAUAGGCAUAAGUGACCCUGGAGACAACCUGACCCCGCCGAUCGGCACCACGGAUCGACAGAUUACGCCGUCAGUCACGAUGGAUCUAAUUCUCACACCGAUCAACGACUCUCCCAAGAAUGAGCACACGGGAUCGUCCCGUUACGCUUCAACGGGGUCAAGAGACGACUCGAAAUAUUCAAUCGAGAUCCAACGGAUGUGUAUAGGACCAAGGGCCGCGGAUCUUUUGCGGAAAAAAUUUGAGCGGAAUGAGGCAGAGGCGCAGGAAGGAAAGCCACAGGCGACGCUGUUCAUGAACAUGGUGGAAUCAGAUCAGGUGAAUUCCUAUUUUCGAGCGGCUAUGAAGAAAUAUGAGCUAGAAGAAGCCCGUAUGAACGGCGGACGAUCGGCUGUUCACCCACCUGAAUCGGAGAUUGAUCUGCCGGAUGUGGACAUGGAGUUGGUUGGAUCGCGUCGUAGUAGGUCGCACGACCACGAUCGUGCGCGCCGUGACCAAGGUAAUAAGAGAUUACCACAGGUGUCAACGGCGGGUCAUCGGAUGAAUGAAGAACAGGCCAGAAACUGGAUCAGUAAGGUGAAGUCAGCGUUCCUACGCGAUCGAGUGCCUGACGCAGAUAAGUGUCGGGUGUUCAGAGAUCUUCUUACGGGACCGGCGCGUGACUGGUACAACCGGCUCAGUCGCUCGACGAGGACUCCGUGGAAGGCACGCCUGGAAGGCUCCAUGGCUAAAUAUGGAGGGAAGGGUGGCAUCUAUGUUGGGAGGCUCGAUUACCAAGCCCGUAAACGAUCGAACGAGAUUCCAUUGGACUACUUGUACCAUCUGAAUGUGGCUGCGAUCCGGGCGAAAUUCCUGAUACGAGAUGGAUCGCCCGCCACUAGCAAGGAACAUGUGAAUCAUUACAUUGGUACCCUGGACGAUCGCGAUCUGGCUAGAAUGCUAACGAUGUUUCGCCUUGUAGAUGCAGAUGAUCUGGAAGAAAUGCUGCAAGAAUGUGAGAGCAUGGAAGUUCGAGAAGCUCACGCCUCUAUGGGGUCGAGUUAA